CAUUUUGUUAAUAUAUUUACUUAAAGUGAAUUAAAAAAAGUUAAAAAUAAAGAAAUUAUGUCGAAUACUAUUGAAAUAAAACAUUCGUUAAGAAAAAUAGAAUUUCCUGAAUGUGCUCGUGAAGCUAUUAAAAAAAUUGAAUCUCUUAUAAAUGGAAGGUCUCCAACGAUCAAACAAAUGGAUUUAGCUAUUGAUUUAAUGGCAGAAUUUGUAUUUUGGGAAAAAGAUCGGCGUGGAAACAAACGCGGGGUUGAAUUAACAUGUAUACAAGAAAUCCAAUUACUCGAAGUAUUAUGCGAAUAUUUUUCACAACCUGGUAGCGAAACCACAAAAAAUACAGUAUUUUUAAAUUUAUUUGGUCCUAGCACAAUACAAUUACGGUUGAAAAUUCUUUGUAAAUUAGUUUCGAUUGGAAUUUCUUCGUCCUGUGCUUCGUUGUUGAUAGCGGCUGGAGCUUGGAUGCAACAAUUAGGUUGCACAUCUCAUUCUAGCUUACAAUUAGCUCGAGCAAUAGUUAAAGAUUAUUUUGCAUUAAUACCAAAUGUAUUAGAGACAUUGUACUCAUUACCCAAAAUUGCUCCACAAUUUACAGCUAAUUUCUUAACAGCAAUUGCUGAAAUCUAUCUCACUGAUAAAUAUUCUGUUUUUACGACACCACCAAAAAGUUUGCUAGAAAUAAUUACACAAUGGGUAACUGAAAAUCCAACUUUAUGUUUAGCAGCUCAACAAAAAACGGCUGCAUUGCCUACUGGUGGUAUUGCAAUGCCUACAAUCACACCUAUUGCUGGUUUAUUUAAAUGGUGUAUUUUAGCUCCUUUGCAAUGUGAAAAUACAUUAAAAAUGCCCGCAAAUAAUCCAAAGAAAAUGAACGAUAACAACUUAGAAUUGUACGCGAAAUUACAUUUAGCUCUGUUAGAAACCCUAAUUGAAGCGAAAACUGAAUCUGGAUUACCAAAUGUUAUUGGAUCACAACAUUUAGUACCUGUUAUUCCUGCUAUACAAACACAAAUAAAUGAUUUAACACGAAUUGGACGUGAUUGUUCGACUGAAAUACAAUUAUCGUUAGAUCGAUUAGCACAAGCUGUACAAAUAUCAAUUGCAACAAAAUGUAUGUUUGGUAAUAUACAAGAAUUAUUAUUACAAAUGGAAAAAUUACCAUCAAAUAGGUUGCUGACAAUUGUAAUUAACACUCAUAAAUCAACGGUAGUUUUAUAA